AUGGCGAACAAAAGCUCCGCAGGUUAUAAUAAGGGAUCUCGCCAGAACCCUAUUUGCCUUGACGAUGAUCCUGUCGUGAAUACCUCGUACCAACGCCAACAUGAGCAGAGUCGCACUAGCGCAGAUUCCAAGCAGUCAGCUACCAACUCUCAACAGGGCCGAGGCAAGGGAAAAUCAACGGUUUCUACUAGCAAUCCUCAAAAGAAACAGUCUACUUCGGUUUUCGGAACUCGCAAUGAACCUUGGAGAAACGGCCCAUCUGACGAAGAGUUCUUCGCCCCAGAAGCUCGGCUACAAGGUAGCGACAAUUAUGGCGCAUACCUUCUACGCCAAAAGAUACGCAAUGGUUCCGAGGCCAAAGAAGAAAAGCACCCCCUAGACGUUUCAGAAGACGAAGACUGGAUGGUGGGUAUCGAAAGUGAUUCGGAUGAAGAUAUUAAGCCCAAAAAACGGGGAAAGAAACAGAAGGGACCAGUUCAGAAACGAUGGAAGCCUGCUCGGGAGCCCAAAGUUAGCAGCUCCAAAGCAAUGGACCAUCUGAUGGCUCGAGUGACGGAUAAGAGCCAACGGGAUGGUUCAAGCAAGUGA